UAGAGUCAUUUAAAUGUCCGUGUAUUUGAAGUGUGUUGUUGACGUUUAAACAGUCAAUUUCUUUGCCUGCAUAAUAACAUUCUAGUCUGUGGAAUUAUUAAAGGUGCCACGCAAACAAAAAAACAAAAAAAGCUUUUCCUCAAACUGUGUGCAAACUGUGAGAUUUAACAAGAAUCGAAGAUACAGUUCAAUAAACAGGAUGUUUCCGCAUCCUACGUUCACGCCUGUUGCAAUGAACGCAUUACCGUACAUCUCUCUGUUGCUGGUCGGUGCAGUCCUGGUGACGUCACAGAUUGCCCCUAAAGUUUCUGUACAAGCGAACGUGUGUGAAUUGCCAAUGGAGCCCGGUCCAUGCAAGGGUUAUUUCCCGCGCUAUUUCUUCGAUGACUUAACAGGCACGUGCCAGGAGUUCAUCUAUGGCGGUUGUCAAGAUAAUGGUAACAACUUCGAAACGGAAGCCGCGUGCCAGAUCGCAUGCAGCGAUGUGAAGAGACUGUAGUUUAUGCUGUCUUCCUGAUUUCAAUAUCCACGAUUAUUAAAAUUAAUGAAUUGUCGAUGUAUCGUGUUCUGAUUAAAUAUUCAAACUCCAA